AUGGCUUUCCUCACCAAUCUCACCAUCCUGCUGGUGCUGGCUUGUAUUUCCCAUCAGCUGAUGUUGGGCAGCUGUCAGAAGGGUCGAAGGGGACGGGGGGGACGAGGGGUGGACAGAGGACAGAACAAGGACAGGUCAGGGGUGAAGGUCGGCCGCCAACCCAAAUCUGUCUCCGCUCAGCCCAUCAAGGGGAAGCUGGUCACCAAGGACAAGUCCGAGUGCACCUGGGCGGCCACGGGGGACGAUGUCUUCGUCCUCGGGGUCACUUGCAGGAAGGGGGACAGAAGCUUCAGCUGCGAAUACGUCUCCCAACCGUCCCUCUGUCAGCGCUACACCUCCAACCCCAAACUCUACUGGAAGCAGAUAGCGAGGGCGCUGAAGAAGCAGAGGAACCUGUGCCAGGACGGCAGCACGCCGGUCAGGGCAGGAAUGUGCCGACAAGCUGCCAGAGACGCUCACUUCAGACUCCGGGACGUUCAGAGGGAAACCGUCCUGCCUCCCCCGCCUCCCCCCCCGGCCAGAUCUGUCAAAUCCUGUCAGCCUGGAAACAAGCGGCUGGCGGAGGAGCAAUGCAACGACGCCUGGUCGAGUCUGUGCACGUUCUUUUUUACUAUGGUGAGGGAUGAUGAUUGCUGA